UGAGGCAAAAGGGCCACCCUGAUAGCAACGCAACAGAUCAGCCUGGCAAUAAAUAAAUAAGAUAAACUGAAUCGUCACAAGUUGCCGUACUCCCAAACUACUUUGUAACGGCAUACUCUGAAUAGUCCCUUCCCUGAAAUGAUACUCUGAAACGUCCCUUUUGUAAAUUUCGGGUCCGCAAAUUUUUUUGUCCGCAAAUUUUAAUCCGCAAAAGCUGUUAAAAAAAAUUUUUUUUCGCUAAUUUUAGUCUUUUCACAAUGACAUCAUUUUUUGGAGCAGCUCCUUCUCAACCAUUAGUACCAUCCAAUCAACAAGUCAUUGUUCAACAACAACAAUCUGUUCAGAGUUUACAAGAUAUAUUAAAUAGUGCAACUGCUUUGACUGCUUCGGUUUCUGGUCCAGAACUUUUUGGCGAUGAUUGUGACAGAGUUGUUGCUCAAUUAAAUCAACUACUUGCUUCUCUUGGAGUUGGGCAAGGAUAUUAUUCUGUUGGACAACAACCAUUUGUUUACACCCCAAAUAAUAUUUUUUAUCGUCUAAAAGCUGUUGGGUAUAAUCGUUUAAGUAAACAUAAAAAUGCACAUGGACUGGUUUCUUUGAUUUUGGCAAGUUCUCCUUCAAAUUUUAAAACGGAUCAAGGCCAAAUGAAGAUUGUUCACGAUUUGGGUGCUAUUUUGAGGGCAUCUAAACAACCAGCUCCUAUGCUUGGGUUAAUUCAACAGCAGCAGCAACCUGCGAAACCUUCACUGCGUGUUGAACUUAAGUCAAUUAAUGCUCUUGAUGAACAAAACACUGAGGUGGUUAUCCUUGCUAAAGAAUCGGGUCGAAUUAUUCCUGCUCUUGAUCUUUAUAAUGAAUUGAUGCAAAAGGCAAAUGAACUUCAACAGCAAUUGCUAUGUAAGAAAAUUGCACCCAGAGUUGAGAUUGAUCCUGCUAACCUAGAAAAUUAUUUGCGUCGUCCUCCACCCGGAUAUGAAGAAAUUUGGUUGCAGGCCAUUCGUGAAAAUCCAGAUCCUGCCAAUUUAAUUCCAUAUCCAAUACAGGGUUUUCGUGAAUUAUCUCAACGUAAAAAAAUGCAGACUUCUCUAGUUCAGUCACUUCAUGCAGAAGUAGAUGAUAAUUUUAAUCGAUUAAAUGGAUUUCAUCGAAAUAUUAUUGAAGCAAAAAAUAAAUAUAUUCAAAUUAUUCAAAAACAAAAAUCUCUUUCAAAUCGUCUUCUUCAAGUACUUGUUAUGCAAGCAAACAAUCAACGACAUGGACAAAUUGUGGAUGAAAAGGAAGAACAAUUACAGUCACGUCUUGAGAGAAUGAAUUUUUUGUUAAAUGGACCAGAAAAGUUAAAGGAGCAAGUAACAACAAUUUUUGAAACAAUACGAAGAGAUAGUUCAAAAUUGGAACAAUCAGCAAAAGAAAAUGUUCAAACUGGCCUAAAUAUUUCCCAAAAAGAAAUGGCCGAGGUACGCCGUUGUCUUUUUACACGUCAGCAAUUAGUGGAAAAUUUGGUUUCGAUUGUUAAACAAAGUGUGGAUGUUCUUAAAGUUGUAGAGGAAGCAAAGAGUGGAAGUUUAAAAUCUAUUUAA